CCAUGCGCUCCCGGCAUGGCCAGGUUCCCCCUGCAGCAGUUGGCAGGGGAAAGCAGAGGGGCUGGAGCGGGCUGCCAGGCUGUGAGGGAAGGAUUUGGAGCUGACCUCCUCCGGGGCCAUGCCCAGAGCCAUUUGCUGCUGGGCUGGGUUUUCCUUCGCCCGUGGGGCCGUGGUGCGGUGCUGGCAGGCUGCAGACACGCCAGGGGAGGUAUCUGGCAGCUGCCAGCACCUCCCAGAGGGCUCAGGAGUGCUGCCUGCACUGCUGCCAGGGAUUAUGCAGCCACACGCAGCAGGCAGGGCCCCACGCCAUGUCCCACACGGUUGUCACCUGACUCGGACACGGUGACCGACCGCAGCCUCCAGCUCCUGUCCCGGCACACCGGCAGCAGAGAGCCAAGUGGCCAUGGUGACCUGCUGGUAGGGGAAGCCAUCCGGGACAGCUUGCCUGGGAAGCACCCCAAAGAUGAGGCUCAACCAGAGAUCGGAGCCCCUAAAGCCAGCUUGGAUAUUAAAGGGGAAACCGACUCCGAAGACUCUUCCCUGACACAGCCGCCAGCUGAAACCCAGGCUCCAGCUGUGCUGGGAAGCAGGGCUGACGCUGGCUGUGCCGCUGUGCCUGCUGCAGAGCUGGCCCCGGUGCCCCAUGCGGGCAGAGCCACCCGGGAACGGGUCAUGUCAGGAGAGGAUGUGGUGGAUGCCAGCACGGGGCUGGUGGAGCCGAAGGCAGAUGCCGUAGCCCAGGAGUCCUCGCCCAGCCGGGGCCAGCUCGGGAAAGGAAAAUCACUGGGGAAGAAAACAGAAGAAUCCACAGAGGAGACCCCGGUGCCCCCAGCAUCCUACCGGUUUGACCCUGAGCAGUACGAUGAGAGCGUAAACCCCUUUGUGGCAGGGGGCUGCCGGCUGCAGAGCUCCCCCCCGGCGGCCCUGCACCGCUUCCCCCAUCCUGGCGGCAGCACCAGCGAGCUGGGGGGGGACCUGGCCCCGGAGCCCCAAGGGCAGGUCCUGAAACCCGAGGUCGAUUUUACAGAGGGGGGAGAGAGCACGGAGGCCAGGAGAGCGACGCCCAGGAAGGGCAGCAAGAUCCCGGCCAGCAAGCUGACGCCGAAGAGACACCGGGAGCCCCCCCAAAAACCAGGCGAGGAUGCGGAGAGGGGUCCCACAGAGCCACUGCCCCCCCGGGGCUCCCCCCGGCUGAGCCCCGCGCUCUGGGACAGCCCAGGGCUCAGCCCCUUUGGUGGCAGCUCAAACCUGCCGACUCUCCCCAAGGGCUCUUACCAGUUUGACCCUGAUAACUUUGACUCCGUGGAUCCAUUUAAGCCCACCAAGACCCUCACCAGCACCGCCGCUGACUCCUGCCCCACUGCCGAUAACAGCCUCAACGAAAUCCUCGAGUCUCAGACGCUGGAGGUGCAGGAUGAUCUCGUGAAAGGCAGAGACUCCCCGAAGAAGCCCAAGUCGCGCCUGAUAACGACUACUGAACAAGUGAAAUUUCUCUGUUUUCUGUUGAGCGGCUGCAAGGUGAAGCAAUACGAAACACAGCCCCUGGUCCUGGAUGUUUGCGCUCAGGAUGAAGGAGUAUUGAUCUCAGAAAUCCCAGAUAUUGCAAAUCGGGAUGGACACGCCACUGAUGAGGAGAAGCUGGCCUCCACCACCUCUGCGCAGAAACCGGCCGGGCUGGAGAAGAAGGGCGAGCCAGAAGAUGACCUGGAGUACUUCGAGUGCUCGAAUGUUCCUGUGCUGGUAGCGAAGCACGGCACGGAGGCAGGCUUUGAAAAGGAGAUCUCCAAGCAGGCGGAAAAGGAUGGGCCUGGCAUCUUCCCUGGCAAUGCCGGGCUGUGCUCCUUGGACAAGUCCCCUGCAGCCAUCACCAGCAUGAACAGGAGUGAGAGUCCCCUGGACAGCAUCUGCCUCAGUGAAUCCGAGAAGACAGCCGUGCUCACGCUUAUCAGAGAGGAGAUAAUCACAAAGGAGAUUGAAGCGAGCGAGUGGAAGAAGAAAUAUGAAGAGAGCCGCCAGGAAGUCUUAGAGAUGAGGAAAAUCGUGGCUGAGUAUGAGAAGACCAUUGCCCAGAUGAUAGAGGAUGAGCAGAGGACAAACAUGACAUCUCAGAAGAACAUGCAGCAGCUCACGAUGGAAAAGGAGCAGGCUCUGGCAGACCUAAACUCGGUGGAGAGGUCCUUGUCAGAUCUCUUCAGGAGAUAUGAGAACCUGAAGAGCGUCCUAGAAGGCUUUAAGAAGAAUGAAGAAGCUCUGAAGAAGUGUGCUCAAGAUUAUUUAACCCGGGUCAAGCAAGAAGAGCAGCGGUAUCAGGCCCUGAAAGUCCAUGCAGAAGAAAAAUUAGACAAAGCCAACGAGGAGAUCGCCCAGGUGCGCACCAAGGCCAAGGCAGAGAGCGCGGCGCUGCACGCUGGGCUUCGCAAGGAGCAGAUGAAGGUGGAGUCCCUGGAGCGAGCCCUCCAGCAGAAGAACCAGGAGAUUGAGGAGCUGACCAAGAUCUGUGACGAGCUGAUAGCGAAGCUGGGAAAGACAGACUGAGUCUCACCGCCCCUCGUCCAGCACUCUGCACUUGGCUGCUUUUCUUGUAACGUCAAGCACCUUGCCUUAUUGCCCAGGUCCCCCCCCCCCCCCCCCAGCAGAGAAGCACACACGUCCAGCUGCCUGCUCCGCUCGGCUGCCGGACCCUGCGGCCCCCGUGCAGAGCCAGUCCCUGCGCUGUCCCUGUCUGUGUCUCCCAAGGGCUCUGGGGCUGUGUUCCCUGUCGUCAGGCUGGGCAUGCAUGUCCCUCCUGGUGUCCGUAGCAAGUGGCUGCCGUGCCGUCCAUCUGCACGGAUGCCAGCUCUCAGCUGGGAGGUGACACCCUGGGCUCUGUCCCCCUCAGCUGGGCUGGGUCUAGUGGUGCCCCUACACAUGCUGUCACUUACUGUCCUCACGUGCUCAACUGCACAAGUCCAGCCCUGCCUAGCAGGUCCUGCCCCGGGAUGCGGAUGAUGCCAGGGUUGGAGCCACUGGCCCUUGCACUGGGAAGAGGAGCUGGCCCGUGCGUGCACGGCUGGGGAGGCAGUGAAGGGGCUUGGGGACCCCAGGCACCUGCUACAGGUGGUCUGGGGCCACCAGCCUGGAUCCCUGGGCUGAAGCAGCCUCCUGGUAGAUGGAGUGGUGUUGGGAGAGGCGGUGGUGUUGCCGGAGCUGGUCCUGGUCUCUGGUACAUGGGUGAAACAGCACAGCACAUCCUCAUCCCUGGCUGUGCCAGCCUUGGAGGAAGGAAGCCAAUGUCUCUGCAUUCGUGCACUUUAUUAGCAUUUAUGAGCACUUGGGCUCUCUUCUCACUUCUUCCCGUCGGGCAGGGUCCUGCUACAUGUCUCAUUUCCUCGGGAGCAUGGAUAUGGCCACUUAACCAGUAGUAACUCAAAUCCUCUCAAAGGAGAGCCUAGCCAAGGGGAGGACAGGAGGCUUCUGCCCCAGGAGGUAUUGGAGAAACAGGGGAAAAUGCUGGUUCUGGAGAGCUGGGACUUGUCCGUCCACCUUCCCCACCCUGCCCGCAGCCCUGGCACCUCCUGAGGCUUGUUAGGGUAGAGUUUCUAGUCUGCUUUGAAAUGUGCAGAGCCCAGCCCCUUGCUGUUGGCUCCCCACACCUAGUGAGGUUAGUUCCCCACUUUGGAUGGUGCAGGAGGAAGGAAGCAAACCCUGAACUGCUUCACGAUUCUGCUGACUUCAGGGUCCUUUCGCCAGUUGGUACAGAAAGGCAAGGAGGAGUGCAGUACUGCCCGCGGUCUUGCACUGCUGUCAAAAAUGCCCUUACAGCACUGAAUGUUAAGAGAACUAAACAAAAGCCAUCUUUACAGGCAAAGGCAGAUCCAGACAGCAGUAAAAGACACUUUGAAAUCUGUCUGGAUGCAGCCCAAAGUCUGAGUUUCCCCGCCAGCAGGCUGCCUGCUCUGUUUCAGAGGUGUUUACUUUUCUGGACACACCAAGCUCCAGCAGAAUUGCUGAGGUUGCCUUUGCACUGUGCUGAGGACCAGGGGGCUCUGGAGUGAUGCAUCGUGUUUAAAUCCCUGCGUGGGUCCUGUGCGCGCCUUCGCAGUAGCGCCAUUGCACGAGCCAGCCUUGCCUGGUGAGUUUUGCUGCUGUGCACGCUGUGCAGUGCCACAUCUUCCUGGCCGUGGUGCCUGCCAGCAGGCACCUGUGGCUAAUGUAUUGGGGGUGCUGGGGGCUGUGGGUGAUGCCCCUUGGGGUCAGUGCAGGACCGUCCUGUCCUGCAGAAGGGCAGAUCAAUGGGACCAGGCAAUAGCUGCAGUGGUGGAGGAUUCUCUGCUGUCGCCUUGAUAGUCAUAAAGCAUCAAAUAAGGGAAGUAUUUGCUGUUUGGACUGUUUCCUACCCAGCCUUUCUAAGACUUUCACAAACUUUUUUGCUGCUACCUUUUUGUAAAAGAAUCCAGCUGUUUUCCUCCUGUUUUCUAAUUCCCUGUGUUGAGCAUGCAGUGCAAACAUCUGUUUAAAUCAGAGCCAUACAAUUGGUAUAUAUUUUAUUAGUUAUAUUAUGUAUAGAGAGAAUUUAUUAUACACUUAAGCAGACAAAGAAGCUGGUAGCCUGUCCUAGUACACAGACCAGGACUGUUCACCGUGUUCCCAGUUAUCCCAGUGAAUAGGCUAGUAGCUGGGUGGUGGGAAAGCUGAUGGCUGACCCCGCUCAGAGCUGUGCCCCUGUGGCUUUAUGCUGGCCGAAAGGAAAAACCUUUUUUCCCCAUUUUUUUUCCUUUUUCUUUUUUUUUUUGCGCCCCCCCUUUGUCCUCCCCACACUUCCCUCUAAUAAGCUGGUACAAAAGCAUCUGUCAGAUGAUCUACGAAGACUCUGGGGAGUCAAAGAUGCCAGCCCCAGCCCACUGGAGUGUGGCUCCCCUCCAAUUUCAUCAGUGUUUGGGGGUCUGCAGACCAUAGGACUGCUCACUUCUCCUGUGUCCAGCUCCAAGGCAGCAUUCCUGCCUGGAUGCAAGUGUCCCUUUCCUGGCUGCCAGGCUUCAGCAGGGUGGUGGUGACAGCAGGGAGUGACCCCAGGAAGGUGCUGCCCCUCUGGACCUUCUGAGGGUCUGUGCAGGUAAAUUAAAGCCCUUGAGACCCAGGGAUUUGUUUGGGAGUUGGGUUUUUCUCUUUGCAGCCCUUCAGAAACCGAAGGGACCAGGUCACUGCAGAGCAAGGCGCUGUGCAGGCUCUCAGGGCUUCUUCUGGUUUGGCACAUGGGUUUGCCAUCGUGCCCGUAGCUGCGCUUGAGGUCCCAGCAUGAGGCUGAUGGAGCCAGAGCAGGUGGCAGCCCCCGGGCAGGGACGGUGGCAGCCCCUCAGCCCUGGGCUCUGCGUGGGGGCAUGCUGCACCACGUGCUGGCUUUAUGCACCGUGUGAUGCCCCAGCCCCUCUGCGGGAGUGUGUACUUGCCGCCCUAGCGCAAGGGAUAAUUCAGGUUCUGUGUGUGCCGUGGCCAGCCAGGGCCAGGUUUGCUCAGCCGGAGGGUCAGCACCGAGCACAGCAACCGGCUCGGGGCAUUGGGCUCGCUGGGAGCCUGACCCGAGUGUGUCUGGUGGUCAGUCUCUAGUCAGGGGUGUUCUGGCCCUCGGAGGUGGCAGAUGAUUGCAGAAGUUUGGUUUUCACCACUCGGCACUUCCCCAGAACCCCAACCUGCGUACAGUGCAAUCCGUGCUGCAGUCUUGCCCCUCUGGCAAAGCGAAGCCACCGGGAAGGCCAGGCUGCCUGCGGGGAGCAGCUUCCACGUCCAUACUCCCCGCGGGCAGCAUGCGCCCCGUCUCUGCUCCUGGUGUCUCCUGCUCCCGCUUUCGCUGCCUCUCUCACCCCAGUGCUGUCGCGUUCCUGUGCCUGUCAGCAUGCACUUCCAGUCUGGGCAAAGAAGAUUCCUAAGGAAUGAUUUAUUAACUAUAAUAUGGUUAUAGUUACAUAUAUAAAUAUAUAUAUAUAAUGGUUAUAGUUAUAUAUAAUAGAAGGCGUGUGUUCGUAACUGUCAACGGGCAGGGCCAUUGCCCCCUGUGUGCCACUCUCCGCGUGCGGAGCUGGUGGCACUGGGGCUGGCUUGGCCCUGGAGCUCCCGCUCGGCAAUGCCGCAGAGGCAUGAUGCCGGCACCGGCUCACCGGCAGCACUGGGCCAAGCUGGGAGCUGGCAGCAGGAGCAGUGCACGGCGUUCAAACACUGCCCGGCUGCUCCAGCCAAGAUGUGUAACCAGCGCGGGGAAAUCUGCAGGUACCUGCGCGUCGGGACUGCAGCCUGGUUGUGUGUGUUGUCUUUUUUCUUGCAGUAGAAUUUAAAUACCCCUUUCUGACAGUGGUGGGUGCCUGCCUGUAAGCCGCUAGUGUUGCUGUUUGCAAGUGUGCAUCUGCCAGCAGAUCUCUGUCUGCAGUGAAGUGCCAACAAGUAACCACCCCGACUGCAAAUCCCUCCCACCCAUCCCUCCGGUGUGCCCCCACCCCAGGCAGGAACUUUCUCUGCAUUGACUACUAUCCCCAUCGCUCCAGACCAUGUAUGUAACUGCCAUCGCCAUCAAUUUUAUAUGUACAAUAAUUUCCCUUUUAUAUGUCAGGUAAAUAUUUGUAAGAGUUAUACUCACACAAAUGAGAUUAUUAUAAUGAUUACUAAUAUAUUUUUUCCAUGUUUCAUUGCCUGAAUAAAAAUUGUGUUUAUCACUC